AAAGUUUAUGACCAAUUUUUUUAACUAGAAGAUCAACUUGUUCAUCUAUUUUCAUACAAAGAACCUGAGGCAUUAGCAUUGUAUCAGCAGUAGCUAUGGACAGAAUGAGACCUGUGUAUGUCAGGCAGAAGAGCACAGUAGGGACGCCGGGAGCGCCAUCAUCCCCAAUGAUGUCACCACUGCACCGCCAUGCACGGUCAGGGUCUACUGGGGUGGCAAAUCUAAAGAAACAGAAAGCCGCGGCACAGAGGCUUGCGCAGGUGAUGGCACAUCAACAAGCUGAUGAGGACGAUGAGGAGGAUGACCUUUUCAAUGAUUAUAGUUCAGUGAGUGGAGGGAGCAUAGGGCUUGCAGGUGGAAGGUCAAUGCGGUCUCGCUCUCCUUUGCCAGCUCCUUCAGUUCAAGAACAACCUCCACCCGUGAAUUCUUCCUCAGGUGGUCGAUCAUCCCUAUCUAUCAUCUAUGUCGAACAACCAUCCUCAGGUCGUUCAAUAUCAGCUGGCCGGCCAUCCCAAUCCUCUAACUCUGUGGAACAACCUCUAUCUGCUCGUUCUGUAUCAACUGGCCGAUCUUCUCUGCCCACCAAUUCCAUUGAACAACCUCCAUCUGCUCGUUCUACAUCAGCUGCCCGUCCGCUUUUAGGUGUCAAGCCAGUUCCCUUGGUACCAUCUAGUGUACCUAUAUCACUAAGGCCAACAUUUUCCAAUAUUUCACAAGAUGUUCCUAUUGAUAAUCGGAGGGAUAAAAGGAUGUCACUGGAUUUCGGGAGUAUGAACCUAAAAGAAACUAGUAAUCAGUAUUCUUCUGCUCUACAAGAUGAGCUUGAUAUGCUUCAGGAAGAAAAUGAAAGUUUACUUGAAAAGCUUCGAUUUGCAGAGGAGAGGAGUGAGGAAGCAGAGGAGAGAGCUCGGCAGCUUGAGAAACAGAUUGCUAAUUUUGGAGAUGGUGUAACUUUGGAAGCUCGUCAUUUAAGCAGGAAGGAGGCAGCCCUGCAGCAAAGGGAGGCUGCUCUGAGAGUUGCUGCACAAACUCAUGGUAGUAGCAGUGAGAUCAUUGCCCUUCGGACAGAAGCUGAGAGUGCAAGGGAUGAGGCAACAUAUGCUUUGGAGCAGCUGCAUGAAGCUGAGGAUGAAUUAAAAUCACUUCGGAUUAUGACUCAGAGAAUGAUACUGACUCAGGAAGAGAUGGAAGAAGUUGUUCUAAAGAGGUGUUGGCUUGCUCGGUAUUGGAGUUUCUGUGUUCGACAUGGUAUACAUGAAGAGAUCGCUGGGGCAAGAUAUGAGUACUGGUCAUCUUUUGCCCCUCUCCCGGUUGAUGUUGUAUUAGCUGCAGGAAAGAGAGCCAAAGAGGAGAUUGUAAAUGAUGAUUUGGAGGAAAAAGAAAAGGUUCCAAGUGAUUCGAAUGGACUUUUUGGAGAGGGAAAUAUUGAGAACAUACUUUUAGUUGAGAAAGGUUUGCGGGAACUGGCUUCACUAAAGGUAGAGGAAGCAGUAGCACUUGAAAUGGCUCAAAAACGACGCCCAAGUUCACUAAAAUCUGGUAGCACAGAUGAAGUGAAGCUACCAAGUGAGGGACAGUUUGAAGCAUUUGAAUUGAGUCCAGAGGAGUGUGAAGAUGUGCUUUUUAGGCAGGCUUGGCUCACGUAUUUCUGGAGAAGAGCAAAAAUCCAUGGGCUGGAACCAGACAUAGCUGAUGAGCGUUUGCAGUUUUGGAUCAACCAACAAACUAAGUCACCUACUUCACAUGAUGCAGUUGAUGUUGAGAAAGGCUUUAUGGAGCUCAGGAAGCUAGGUAUUGAAACUCAACUAUGGGAAGAAUCUCGCAAGUGGCUUGAGCAAGACUCCUCGUCUAAAGCACAUAGUCAGUCUGACUUCUAAUACACAGUUUAACUCAACUGGAAUUGAUGUUUCAGAGACCAUAUCUUUCUAUACGUUCACUUAGUUAAUCAAAUGAGAGACAGCUGCAUAUUAUGAGUCCGGUCUCAAUAUCUCACUGAUUUUUCAUGUAAAAUUCUCCAUAGUGUUACAUGGUCAUUUCAAUUAAAAGACUCCCUCCAAAAUUAUAUUAUUCCUUUCUUCUUCCUUUUCUCCCUUCCUCCAACUCCUCCAUUUUGUAUUAAACAAUCUAUUUUCCUUGUGAAGUGAAUUUUUAUAUGCCAAGUCCUAUUUAC